AUGGAUGGCGCCUAUCCAUUAUUCUCGGUGCUGGAUUGUUUAACCUUUGUCCGCCAAUCCUCAAAUGAUGACAAGUCUCACAACAUUGUCUAUGCACAUUCUACAGAGUCUGAAGACUCAUCGAAUACAAGAGUUGGCAUCGUUUUACAGGAGAUCCACAUCUUCAAAGAAUAUAAACAAGACAAUAUUGGUAUUAUUAGGUAUAGCAAUAGAGAUGUAAAAGAAUGGCUGGCUAAAUGCGAAUAUCUUUUUGUUUCUCUUUUUAAAUUGAUAAAAUCAUUAUCGCAUUUGGCCAGCUAUUCUCCCUUCCCGAGUUUUCGUUCAUGCAUGAAAAAUGUAUCUCAUAUAGGUAUCAUUGAUAGCACUGAUAAUAGAAGCAACGAACUAGUACCGGGAAAAUGUCUUGGUGACUUUAUCCUUGGUAUGACUAUAUCAGAGGCAUUGAAUAUCAUCAAACAUAACAAUGCAUCAAUUGGAAAGGUUGAAAUCAUAUUUAAUGAUGCUGAUCCACUAAGUAUUGAUAUAGUAUUAAAAUUAGUUGAUGAUGGUGUAUUGUUAAGAUUUGCACCAUCGUCACAGAGACUACGUGUCAUUGAAAUCUUUGAUGUCACCAAGCUAUCACUAUUGUACAGAGGAUCGACAUUUAGCAGUAGCGACAAUAUCGCUACAUUUGUAAAUAUUUAUUCAAAGUUUGGUCCUUCCUAUCCUGGUGAUUUCAAUGCUAAAAAGAGUGUUUAUCAUUUACAUUAUCCUGGAUUAUCAUUUAGUUUCCCAAUUCCACCAAAAUUCAAUUCACUCUAUAGCGAAAGUACAGAAUUGCCCGUAGAGUUACCCGAUGGAUCAACUCCCAUUGUAUCAAAAAUCUUUGUAUAUAGCAGCCUACAAAUGAAAAAUCCAUUAUCAAAUAUACCAAAUCCACAAACUCAAGAAGAUAUCAUUAUUUGUCCAAAUCAAGGAGUUUAUUUUAUUAAAAGAAAUUGUAUUUUAACAUUCUCAUCGACACCUCAAGAUGUAUUGAGUGAAUUGGGACCUCCAUCAAAAAUAUAUCACAAGGAGGAGGAUAAUAUGAAAAUUCACACCUAUCAAGUCGAAGGAUCAACCACACCAGACUACUUUUACAACUAUUUCCAUCUUGGUCUCGACGUUUUGUUUGAUGUCAAGAGAAACACUGUAAAGAAAUUAAUCUUUCAUACAAACUUUCCAACUCAUUAUGAAUUUAAUUUGUAUGCAAAAUGUUCAUUUAAAAUUGUACAAAAUGGAUCAUCCAAAGUUAUAUUUGAAGCAUUGAAAUCUAUAUCUGAAGGUGGAAAAUUAAAGUCAAAUAAUAAUAACAAUAAUGCAGUUGCUGGUGGUGAAAAUAAUGUAGCACAAAUAGAUUCAAACAAACAACAACAACAACAAAAUAAUAAUAAUAAUAAUAAUAGUAUUUCACCAUUAUCAACUUCACCAACAUCAUCAUUACCAUUAAUACCUGGUGGUGUAAAUGGAGGAGGAGGAGGUUCGAAUAAUUCAGGAUCAGGACUAGAAUUACAAAGACUUGAUACAGUUAUGGAUCCUUCAUUACCAACUAUUCACCCUGAUAUGAAAUGGGAAGAAGUACAACAAGUCUAUGGUAAAUCUGGUAAACCAGUUGUAAACAAUAGAGGAUCAGUUUCAAAUCCAUUUGGUUCAACUUUCUUUUAUGGAUAUCCUGGUAUUAUUUUUGAGAUUAUGAGAAAUAAUUAUAUAGCAUCUGUUUGUUUAUUUGAUGAUAGUCAUAUUAAUUACAACAACAAUAACAAUAACUCUAGUGCUGUAAAUAGAGGUGCUGUAGGACAUUACACCAACAGAAAUAAUAAUAGCAAUAAUAAUAAUAAUAGUAGUAGUUUGAAUGAUAUUGAAGCUGGAUUUUAA